CAUAGAAGAAGACUUGUUGCAACUUGUCAUGCGCAACUAACAGUAGAUUUGUUUACAAUUUUGGACAACCGGUAUUUUUGAGCAGUGAAAUCAGAGUGCUCAAAAACAUAUUCAGAAUAGUUGCACAGUGUUCAGAAUAGCCUAGUUGAUACGAUUUGUAGAUGUUCUCCCAAAUCCAUUCUCUCUGUUUAACCCGGACUCCCUUAUUUCAGUUGUUACAUGUGAGUUAUUCUAACCAAACCCAUCUGUCUAUUACCUGCGGGAGACAGUCCCCAUCCUCACAGUUUCUUGAGCUGGAAUCGGGACGUUUUGCAACGAGAAGAUAUUACUCUGAAAAACAUAACAUGCCUAAAAAGAGCAAAACGAAUAAAACUGUUGGUCAACAGAAGUCGCCAGAGACACCUGCGGCUUCUGGGCCAGUGUCUCGAGACAAGAACGGAGUAGUGACUAUUGCAGUGCACGCAAAGCCUGGAUCUAAACAGAACGCAAUUACAGAUGUGUCUUUUGAGGCAGUAGGUGUCGCUAUUGCUGCACCGCCAACAGAUGGGGAGGCCAAUGCAGAGCUUGUGCGAUAUUUCUCCAAGGUGCUGGAGUUGAAGAGAAGCGAAGUCAUUUUGGACAAGGGCUCCAGAUCUAGAGAGAAGAUUGUCAAGGUUUCAGGUUCACUAACACCAGAACAAGUCUUGGAAAGGUUAAAGCAAGAGGCUUCUGGAUGACAUCAUGGAGGACUUUGCAUUUAAGGUGCUGUGCACAUUUACAGUGUUGCUUGAUAUUCAGACAUGAAAAACAGCUCAGAUAGCGUACCUUAUAAAUCCUUAAAGGGGACUUUUGUUUGCGUUCUAGUAAGAUUUGAGAUUGAACUGUCUGGUGUAUGACUAAUUGUUUUCCCAAAAUGUUGAAAGAACCCCUUUUUAAUAAGGCUUCUCUUUCAGAAAUGUUUAAUACUUUUUUGCAAAGAGACAUUGAUCACAUUGUUAUGUUCUUAUGUUCAUAUUAAAACAUUUUCCUAUCUACAUUCAGUUCACGAGAGAUCUGUAUGAGGCCCUUUUUUUAAAGAAAUAAUCUUAGCUCAUUUAGCAAUUUUAGUAUUCCUCCAUUUUUUGUGUUUUGAAUGAGUUGUGAACUUUUAUUCAUUUCCUUAGACCUAAUCAAGUUCAAAAAAGAAACUCUGAGUGACUCCACAUGCACUUACAGCAUUUGAGCAAGUAAAAUCCAGUUGUCCAAGGAAACUCACAUCAAAGUGAUAACCUCUAGGGGGGAAAAAAGUCCUUGAACUUUUCACCACAGUAGACUGCCUGAAACCUGUCUACUGUGGAUAAUUGUUUGCUUCCCAUCAGGAAUAACUCCAAAAGCAAUCUUAAUUUUGUAAUGACACUUUGACCACUACAAAUUAAAAUUGUACUUUGCCUAAAGGUAAAAGAUGUAAUUAAUUUUACCAUCCAGGAGUCCAAAAUGUAAUUUAUUUUCAUGUAUCUGGUUACCAAAAAGUUGUUGGGUGAAUAUCUUUGACCCAGUUUCGCUGAUGAUUAUCCUUAGAGUGAAUAGACCUAAUCCACAAGACAACACAUCAUUCACUACUACAGCAGAGGAAGAAACAAAGAACAUUCACUACUACAGGAGAGGAAGAAACAAGUCUCAUGUCUCACCUAAAGGAUUAUUA